CCGCCCCUUCGCUACCUGCGGAGGAAGGGUCUGGAGACACUCACGCAGAAAGUGUGUGCACAGAGGUGCGAAAGUUUACAAUGACGUUGUCGUUGUGCGCGUGAUAGGAACGUGAUCAAACUGACCGCGCCCAGUCGCAUGGCAACACGUGUGUUGACUCCUGUAUCAUGCUGUAGCUGUCGUUUGAGCCAUGAACUGUCUAUUCUGUGGCGUCCUUGUUCCUCCUGGAAGUCGAGCGUUCUUAAAAACGAAGGAUGAAGAGAUAGACAAUAUAAUAGAGUCAUUGAAGCACAGAUAUGACUUUUCUGUAAGAGAUUUUGCGAAGUUUUUGAGGAAAGGAGUGAUUUGUAGAGGAAAAUGUCUUGGUUUGAUAAGCAAGUUAAUGAAAUUGAAGAAAGAUAUUGUGGCUUUGGAGAGUGAGGUAGCUGAAAAGUUUGGAGAGGUUAUGCUGACAAAUGACCUUGGUAGAGUAAAAGAUGAUCAGGUGUCUGAAGAUGUUAACAGCACUGCUGAAUCCCUAGGCAAGACUAAUGAAUCCCCUAUAAGUCAGAGUCUAUCUAAUGUUACUUCUACUCCUAGAAGCCGUAAUCAGAAGUUUGUUGGAGUAAUAACGAUUUGUAAUGGGAAAAAGUCUGUAGCGCGUUUACCUCCUUCGUUAAGAGGAUUAGGACGUUCUUUGGGUAGGAAAAACAGGAAUUCAAUAGUAAAUCAUGUGAUGAAAGAUGUGGGAAUGAAACAACUAGUAAUAAACAAGUUGAGAAAAGUUCUUAUGAAGGAGUUUGCUAAGCUUUCGAAAAGGAAUUCUUGUUUUACUGAUAAAGGAAUAUCUGCAUUAGACAAAUUCAAUUGGUCAACCAUUGCACUGAAGCUAAAAGGAGCUGCUCCAACUCUAUUCUCCCUUUUGGAAGCAUGCACUACGAAAACAGAACUGGAGAAAAAUAUUGUGAUUGUAGUAUGCUCUUCAAUAUUGUUGAAGAGUUUUUGCGAAAGGGCUAACCUUUUCCAGAGACUGGUGUCUGUGCUACUGUUUACUGGCCAUGCUCCAAAACAGUUGUAUAACCAAUUACAAAAGGCUGGAAUUUGUGUAUCUCACAAAACCACAAUAAGAAUAAUAGAUGAAAUGAGUACUGACUUUGAUCAACCUGUAAUUGACUGGUGUAACAACAUUAAAAGGAAUAUCUGGCAUAAUAACACACAGCUGGAAAUAGUGGAACAAUCCACAGCUAUAGAGGAACAACCCACAGAUAUACAUGUCGAGGAACAACCUACAGAAUUGGAGGAACAACUGGCAGAAAUAGAGGAAGAUAUUGCUUCUUUGUUUCCGGAGGAAGAUCUAAAUCCCACAGCAUUAAUGCAGUCAGGGGCAAGUUCAGAAAUAGAGUCUGCUUCAUCAGGUGCUCCUUCCUCACCACCUUCAGAUAUCACCAUUUCUCAUCUUAGCGAAUCUACAUUUUCUGCAAAUAGCCAAUCAGAUGAUUCUGUUAAUGACAACACCAGCUCUUAUGUCUUACAAAAGCCUAAAUUCGAAUCAUUCAAACUUGUAGGUGACAACCUUGAUAAAAGUGUCAGACCUCGUCACGAAACAGUCGAUAGUCAUUUAUGCUCUCUCCAUUACUUCCAUUCUUUUGCUGUAAAAGACCGCUGUGACACUUCAGAAUUACAAGAUAACCCUUCUCUACCUGAUGUUGAUUUGACGAGUUUCUCUUUUGACGUAAUACUGCCCAGUGAAGAAGAUUUCAUAAUGUUACAGGAUAACUAUACCAUCAUUGCUGCACGUGUCAUUCAAAAAUACAUACCUUUCUUUAAACAGAAUGUCCCUAAAGUAGUUCGUCAUAUUCGUCAUAUUCAUACUGCAGAAAUGUCUCAAAAGUCUGAUGUGGUUCCAUUAGGAGUCCUUUUUAAAAAUGAAGUUUCACAUGAAGAUAUGAUUGAUAUAAUGAGUCACCUUCAACAAUACGUUCCUUGUAACACUGCUGAAGAUGAGAUUACAGAUCCAUUAACUAAUAAACCAGAAAAGGUCUACAUUGAUCAGUUUCACCAUAUUCUCUUUGGAGGGGAUCAACUCACAGUAGAAAGAUCUGUCGGAGCUAAGAAAGAAAGGAUUAAUGAAGCAAGAGGAACUGAAAGGUUGGAAGGGUUACUCCCUGUAGUUGAAGAUUGGCAUGCCAAAGUUGCAUUUCUAAAGGCUAUAUGGCGAAUACUGUAUAAGACCUCUUCUGCAUCAAAUACUGGGACCCUGUACCAACUACGAAACCUGCUAAUGAGAAGGAGUGUAACUGAGAAGAUUAGGACUGAUCCAACGGCGUGUGAAGAAUUUUUUCUUCUAGUUGUAGAUGGACAUAUUCUCAGUGCUGCUAUGAAAGCAUUUGAACUAGAUUCGUUAGAUGCCACACCGCAGUCAUCACAGUUUCAGGGAGAUUUUCUAAGUCUCAGCCCAACUGAAAGAAGAAAGAUAUUUUUAUCAUCUGUGAAUGAGCUACUUUCUGACCGUACUUAUCAAUUUGCUGUUGGUAAAUGUAUCAAUGAUAACGAUAGUGUCUAUACAUAUGCAAAGGAGUUAUUGUCACUAGGGAUGCUCUACCUAGAGUUAAUAGAUGCUAUUAGAGAGGGUGACGGGUUACGUAUUCUUCGGUGUUGGCGUUAUCUACUGUUGAUAUUUAAAGUCACCGACAAAAGAAAGUACGCCGUUCAAGCAGUGACUCUCCUCUUCCAGUACGAAUUUUUUUUCACUGAAAGAAUGAGACACCAACUGCUGUGGAAUAGAACUAUUAAUGCUACUGGCAGAAUUGGGCACAACAUCCCCAUGGAUCUCCACAUGGAGCACCUGAAUAGGAAUCUGAAGUCUGCCAUUAGUCACCUAUCGUCAAAUGUUAGUAAGUCAACCAUAAGUAGAUUGGGCAAAUCCAUGAAGAAGUUAGAGGCUGUGACGUCUAAUUAUGAUCGGUGCUCUAAAGUUUCUCAAGAUACGGGAUAUCACUCUAACCCUUCACUUACAAAGGACCUUAAGCAAAUUAUAGAGGAACUUAAUAAGAUGUGUGUACAUGAAAGAAAAGAGAAAAGAAAACAUUCUCAGUUCCCCCGAAUGAAGGGCAACAUUGUAGGCUCGAUUAAAAGACCAGACCUUGACAAGUGGCUUUUGGAUCAUCUGAAAAGAAUCAUGCGUAGUUUGUAGUAGUACUGUUAUUGAUAGUUGACUAAAUUUUUUAAUAAUAAAUGUAAUUAACAAAUUAAAAUUUUAAUGCUGAUUUCAUGAAUAAGAUUUCCAAAAUUA